AAUGUAAACCUGGUUUCUUCCAGUUUGGAGAAACCUGCAUCGCCCACUGUCCCCAGCAUUUCUUUGGGAGUGUUCAGGCAGUUCAGAUGGCCUCACUCACCAAUCCCAAUUUUACCAAGCCUUUGUUGCACACACAGGGGAUCUGCGUUCCUUGUCACCCUUCAUGCUUGACCUGUAAAACUUCAGUGGCUGCCGACUGCUUCCAGUGUGCUUCCGGAUUCGAGCGGAAAGGAGAGAUGUGUGAGAAAAAGAUGAUCUGGGACCUGCUGGAUCCAGAUGUCAUGAAACACCUAGCCUGGGCUAUUAUCAUCUGCCUUGCUGCAAUAUUAUUGUUCAG